UAGCGUUUCAAAUUGCUUUUUCUUUCUAGGGUUUCUAAGUUGAUUUGAGUGAGUUUAUGGUGUAAAAAUCACAUCUUGGUGGUUUUCCCUCGCGUUUGUUGUCAGUGUUCGCGGAAACUGAGCUCAAAGUUGUGUUCUUUUAGUGUCUAAAUCUUCCAAAAACCGCACCUUUUUCCCUCCAAAUCAGGCUAGAUUGUGAAACUACUGUGAUCUUAGUUGCGUAGCAGUUUGUAUUCUUUCUAGUUUUAGAUUUGCACAAGCGCUGUUGAGUCUUAGCUCUGCAAAAAAGUUUGAAGCUUGGAAUCAUGGAGGUGAGAUCCGAGACUGGAAUGAUCUCCAGUAGGGAGCCAUUCAAUGUUGGUUUGCAGAAAAGUCCAGUUCAGUCACCACCCUCAAUGCAAAACAUGCGCUUGGCUUUCACUGCUGAUGGCACAGCCAUUUACAAGCCAAUUAAUAGUUCUCCUCCUUAUCAAGGAGUUACCGCCGGCGGCGGCGGCGGUGGUGGAGGUGGAGGUGGAGGUGGAGGUGGAGGAGGAGGAGCAGCAGGUGGUGAAGGAGUACCACCAGCUCCGGUGGCAUCAACUCAUGGCCUUAACAUAAGCAUGGGGGAACCGAUGAAGCGAAAGCGUGGGCGGCCAAGGAAAUAUGGGCCUGAUGGCACCAUGGCUCUUUCCUUGACCCCUGUGUCCCCCGGUGCUGGUUCUGGUGGCUUCUCGGUAUCUUCGAUCCGGUCUGGAAGUCCCGGAGACUCCUUGAAGAAGUCGAGGGGCCGGCCACCUGGUUCGGGCAAGAAGCAGCAAAUGGCUGCCCUUGGAUCCGCCGGAAUUGGAUUUACUCCACAUAUUAUUACUGUGAAAGCUGGAGAGGAUGUAUCUUCGAAGAUCAUGUCAUUUUCUCAGCAUGGACCUCGUGCUGUUUGCAUUCUUUCUGCAAAUGGUGCUAUUUCCAAUGUCACUCUUCGUCAGGCAGCUACAUCUGGUGGAACAGUUACUUAUGAGGGCCGGUUUGAGAUUUUGUCACUAUCUGGCUCAUAUCUUCUAUCUGAGAGUGGUGGUCAGCGUAGUCGUACUGGUGGGCUUAGCGUAUCUCUUGCUGGUCCAGAUGGACGUGUUCUAGGUGGUGGAGUUGCAGGGCUUCUAACUGCAGCUUCCCCUGUGCAGGUGGUUGUGGGAAGUUUUCUUGCUGAUAGGCGAAAAGAGCCCAAGUCGACCAAUUUUUCUGAUCCUGCGUCAGCCCCAGGGAAGAUUGCUCCUAUUGGCAUGGCAGGGCCAAGUAGCCCCCUUUCCCGGGGCACACAGAGUGAAUCCUCCGGUGGCCCUGGAAGCCCUCUGAACCAGAGCACGGGAACGUGCAAUAACAACAAUCAACAAGGCUUGCCGAGCAUGCCAUGGAAAUGAUAACCAUUUAGUCAUCCCUCUGUAAAACUAGAUGUAGCUUAGCUCUGAAGCGCAUUUGGGACAAGUUUGAGUUUCUGACCAUCCCCAUCUACUGAUGUAUCGAAGCACACCAGUGUUGUACCAUCAUCAUGUGUGAGAUUAGAGGUAGAAGCAUGUAGUUUUUCAUUUGGUCUUUUUUCUUUUCCUUUAGAUUGUGAGGAUGUUAUGUUGGUGAGGUGGUGUAUGCUGAUGUCGAGCUUGUAUUAGUUAUCAGUGUAAUGUGUCGUUAUUUCUGGAAGAUAUUGUAUGCUGAUGUUCGAUGUAUUAGAGAUAUCAUCAGAAUGCGUUGGUUUUCCCUUGUGUUUC